AUGGAAAAGAUGAAAACCCUUCUACAAUGUAAACUAGACACACUUGACGAUGCGAAUGUACCUGUUGGACGAAUAACUAGAAGUAGGGCCAAAGGACGUCGCACAAAAAAUACGCCAUCAACACCUUCUGCAGCUGUCACGGCACACCCAGCACAAACACAUAAAAUACAAGACGACAACAACCAGCGAAGCAACGAUAAAAAACCAGAGGAAAAAAAGAAAUCGUGCAGCAAAAAGGUCGAAGGACAUGAACAGCAGAUUCCGAGGAAUGCCUCCGAAGAACCGGAACCAGGGACGUCGGCGUCCGUGUCGCCCAUCACGGGAAAUGACAUGGGUCCUAAAACCCUCAACCUAUCGCAAAAAACUUCCGACUUUGAUGAAAAUGCCAACAAAACAGAGACGAAUGAGGAUAUUAAUCGACUGCAGCUUAUAUCCUCGUCAGAUCAUGGCAACCACAUAUUGCCUAUGUCGGAGCACGAAACCACUGUGUUCUCGAGAGUGUCGCCGGUCAGAGGACAAUGUCUGAUUAUUCAGGGACUUCCCGAAUCCACAGCUGGUGCCUCCAAAGAGCGGGUCUCGGCAGACCUGAAACUCUUCCAAUGCCUACUCAACGAACUUCUGCGCCCCAAUGAGGAAGUUUCGGUUCUCAAGGCCUUUAGGCUUGGAAAGCGCUCAAUCGAUAUAUCAGAGCACUCACGUCCCCGACCACUCAAGAUUGUGUUAGCCAACCAAGAACAAGUAGGACUUAUUCUCUCACGACGUUUCCGAAUCAAAGACACCAACCGCGGCGUUUUUUUUCAGCCGGACUACACACCGGCAGAGAGAAUAAAACGUCGACAAUUAGUUCUGGAACUGAGAACAAGGUUGCAGAAUGGCGAGACGGAUCUUGUGAUCUACAACAACCAGAUAGUGCAGCGCCCUCCCCUAAUCCGUUGGACCGAACCGAUCCGGAUGAGGGCACAGUAG